AUCCUACGCAUGCGCACAUCUGAUAGUUUUGUUUGAAGGAGUUCUCGUAGCCAGAGAAGACUGGACUGAAUUUGUCCGGAAAGAGUGGCUCUCUAUACAAGGUUGCCAACUAAUACAUUUUUAAAGGAACCUAUGUGUGAAAAGCACCUAUUUUUAAGCCGCAGUUCUUCUCGAAAAGGCGCAUAGCUGCUUGAUGCAUUACUAUCAUCAUGUUAGGGCAUUAUCCAAACGUGGAAAAAUCGCAGCUUGUCAACUACGUGGAGGAUUAUUUGGAAUGUGUCGAAUCGCUGCCUUUGGAUAUACAGAGGAAUGUUUCAUUGUUACGAGAGAUCGACACCAAGUAUCAAGAGGUCCUCAAGGAGGUGGAUGAGAUAUAUGAUAAGUACAAAAAGGAGACUGACAGUGGGCAGCGCAAGCGGCUGCAGAUUCAGUUGCAGCGGGCACUCAUCAGCAGUCAGGAGUUGGGAGAUGAGAAAAUCCAUGUGGUCACACAGAUGAUGGAGGUGGUGGAAAACCGCUCGCGUCAGAUCGAGGCCCACUCGCCCUGCUUUUUGGAGCCGGGAGACACAGAACGACCGGCGGAGAAGGUGAGGCAUGACCCCGCAAGCACCUCCACAAAUGUUAUGCCCGAGCGCUCUUCGGCACGGCGACCCAGACGUCAGCGCAACAGCGAGAGCCGUGACACUUGUGCCAAUGGUGCCCUGGAGGACCUGGGAGAAGAGCCUCCGCAGCAGCCCCGUGAGAAAAAGUCCAAGUCGGCCAAGAAGAAGAAGCGUUCCAAGGCCAAGCAGGAGCGAGAAGCAUCGCCGGUGGAGUUCACCAUCGAUCCCAACGAGCCCACCUACUGCCUCUGUGAACAGGUGUCCUAUGGUGAGAUGAUUGGCUGCGACAAUGAGCAAUGUCCUAUUGAGUGGUUCCAUUUUUCCUGUGUUGGACUCACCUACAAGCCCAAGGGUAAAUGGUAUUGCCCCAAAUGCAGGGGUGACAGUGAAAAGACUAUGGAAAAAAGUGCAGAUAGGGCCAAGAAGGAUAGGCGGUCCAGGUAGUGCCUUACAGAAGAUUGUCUAAGUGAAAAUAUGCCUGUGUGGGGAUUGGCGAUUUUUGUGUUUAACUUAUGUUAAAAGGUUCUCCUCAUGCACUUAGCUGAAAAGUUUCCAAACAGGUGCUGUUGUUGCUUUUGCAUUAAGUUCGAAAAUGACCAACAGAUGUAAUUAACCCUGGAAACACAGAUGUUUAAGAUACUGCCACUAAUGUCCCUAAGACAAUGAAGAGUUCUUUUCUAAGCCUUUUUUCCUCUUAACUGUUGAUUUCAGAAAGCCUCAAGAGUUUAAAAUAUGUUGGAGGUCACCCAGUCCAGGGUAAUACUUGUUGUUAAAAAAGAGGAGUGUGAUCAAUGCACAGGGUUUGAUGAACAUUGUCAACACAUUUCUUUUUCAUAUCUUGUUCUUUUGUUCCACAUUUUAGAAAAUAUAUAUAAAAACACACCUCUGAAAUGUCUUCCAGUGAGAGAACAAAUUCAUUUUCUUUGUUACUGUUUUUGGAGUGAUGUUUUUGUUAAAAUUUUUUUUUUUUUCUUUCUUUUUUUUAAAGUUUCAUCUAUUUAAAUAAAUCAGUGCUUGUUAUGUCUCUAA